UUCCGACAGCACAUGAAGGCAGCAUAGCCGCGGCUAAUACAGAAACGUUAGGUAGCGAGACCUUCAUCGAGAGGAGAGGGUCGUGUUCUGAAGGGUUAGCCCGUAGUUUCUGUCCGUGUUCUGUGCAAAAUGCUCAACCCGCAGAGGUCUCUGUCCGAGCUGCCCAAGAUGUCAGCUGCCAGUCAAGUGGAAAGAGCCGUGUUGGAGGAGGAAUUCAACUGGCUGCUGAAAGAAGAAGUGCAUUCUGUUUUAAAGCAGCUCCAGGACGUCCUCAAGGAGGCUUCUAGACGUUUCUCCAUGCCAACGCCAGGCCUUGAGAGUCAGCAAAAACAGGAAAACUUUAUCCUCGGCAGCUCAACCAUGGAUCAAGUGAAGGGAGUGCUGACUCUGCAGGGAGAGGCUCUGACUCAGGCCGACAUAAACCUGAAGGUUGCAAAGAGUAGCCAAGUGUUGCAUUUUCAGUUCAGAGACGACAAGCUGUGGAAACUGCAGCAGAUUCAGGAUGCCAGGAACCAUGUGAACCAGGCCCUCCAGCUGCUUGGGAGCCACGAUGAGAGCUACCACUUCAAGACAGGGGCUGAGGUUAAUAAGCUCAUGGACGCAGUGAUGCUCCAGCUGACGAGAGCACGGAACCGCCUCACCACCCCGGCCUCCAUGACGCUGCCUGAGCUGGCCACCAGUGGUCUGAUGAAAAUGUUCACUCCUCCCAUGCCUGGGGAUGUGAUGGUGAACUUCUACAUCAACUUAAGCAAACUGUGCCUGACCGUCUACCAGCUCCAUGUGCUGCCUGCCAACACCAUGAAGAACUUCAAGCCAGCUGGAAGCUCAGUGCUGCACAACCCAGGAGCAAUGUUUGAGCUCAACAACAACCACUUCGAGGUGAGCCACGUUCACAAGGUGGAGUGUGUGGUGCCCUGGCUCAACGACACGCUGGUGUUCUUCACCAUCUCCCUGCAGCUGUGUCAGCAGCUCAAGGACAAGAUAUCAGUGUUCUCCAGUUUCUGGAACUACAGACCUUUCUGAUCCACUUCCUGUCCUCCUCCAGAGUGCAAAGGACGUCCUGGGAAGAUCCUCAUUACUUUUACACAUGUAUUUCUCCCGCUGUUACUCAGUCUCAAGUGUUGCAUGGUUAGCUGAAGGAGCCAAUCAAACCCCCAUUGUGUGUGUGUGUGUGUGUGCGCGAGCGUGUGUGUGCCGACUUGAACUCCUCCAUGAAUAAUUUUGUUCUAAGAAUGCAUUGUGUGAUUAUUUGUUGCAUUGCUGACUGAGAUUUGUUCUGUGUUACUGUGUGGAGCACAGUAACACAGCUCGUAGGAUACAUACAAGUAAACACCGGAGGAGGGUUCAAGGCUCCACUACGGAGGCUCAAGUACUGACUCUUUAGAAAAUGCACACACACCUUUUAGGAGCCAUCAUUUAUUAUGUGCAUGUACUACAUCCAGCAGUACUAGAGAAGCAGGCCCACCCCCCUCUCAUCUCAGGUAGGUGAGGGAAGAGAAGAUGAACCUUUUGUGAAUUCACUGUGAAACCUCAAAUCCAUCCUGAUUGGUUUAGAGAUGCUUCUCAAAGGGCCGGUGUAGAGGGGAGGGAGGCCGGCCCCUCGGCUCUCUCCUCCCUUCCCUCAUGUGUAGGACAGCCCUGUCUAGUUGGGAAGAGCAGCAGCUGGAUGUGUAGAUUUGAAGGACUCCUUGUAAGCGUUUAGAAACAGGACUGUGGGUUUCAGGUGGUCUUACACUGCUGAACUCCUAGUCUGCAUAUCGUAUUUUUCCAAUCGACCCUCUGAAGUCCUUGAGGGGGCACUUGGCUGUGUGCUAGCACUCUGAGCGUUGUCUGUCCCACCUGUAAUCCAUCAUCUAGGUUAAAUCAAGACGAUGGAUUACAGGUGGGACACUAGUACCUCUGAGAUGAGCUGAAGGGGCAUUAGUGUGCGCGUUGGAGCUGUGGUUUUUAUUCAUAUAUUACAGUAAACAUUCCCUGUUUGUUACGGCUUGGUUCUGACCAAAUGAUAAGAUAGUUACCACGUCGACUUAUGUUUGUCUGCUCAAUCUUUCUAUUUAUUUGACACGUUUUGCACAUGUUGUUAAAACACUAAUCCAAUCCUGAACAAAUUACUUCAUUCCACUAAGUGUUAAUCUAUUGUGAAGAGCUGCCUCUUAUAUU